UCCAUUUUCUGAACCUUCUUUCACUUCCAUUGAUUUUUCUUUCUAGGUAUUUGAUCUUAUCUUCAAAGGUUCUAUCUUUUGGUGGUGGUGGUGCAGCAAAAUAGAGAAAAAUCCAUUUUUAUUGCAAAAAGAUGAAUAAUAUUUUUUUUUCUUGGUAAAUGUGGGGAGCUCCUGGAGAACCUGCUGAUUCUUAUUACGCAGUCCGGCCUGAAUGCACUGAUGUUCCUAGAACCAGAUUUAAGAUCAAGCCCGGUAAAACUCAUGGCAAGCUGCAUUCUCUCAGGAUGGACAUCUGGAUAUCGGAAAAACUCUACGUCGAAUCCAACGUGGGGGGAUCCAUCCAUCAAUUAGGGGAGUUUCUCCUUGGCUGUUACGAUCCCGAGAGUACAUUUGACGAAAGGGAUCAAAUACGGCAGCAUCGAAGGGUGCAAUACGCUAGAUGGAAGAACAAAUGUGGUGAAAUCUUUCCUGCGUUGACCGAUCCUGUGGGUUCUCUUCGACGGAUUGAAUAUUGUCGGGAACCAUGGAUUCAGACGAAUUACUAUCAAAAUGGACAGUAG